AUGACAGACACAGAAUCCUCUUGGGAAUCAGUAUCCAUUGUCAUUCUCUAUGGUUAUUCCAUUCUAUCUGCAUUCCUUCUUCAGGUUUACAAAUUCACUCUUUAUUUCUACAUCAAUUACCCAACGGUGUCUUCGACCAUCGCCCUGCUCAUCCUUUUAUAUGUGACUUAUCAUAUCCUCAAAGCCACCAUCACUUUCAUCAUCAACAGUGUCCUCACAUUCAUAAGGGUAUCGAUAGUGUUGGUGCUCUUGAUUUGUGGCGCAUGGUGCUACAUCCGCGGUGCCGAGACGUUUAUCGAAGACAUCAUUUGGAUUCAUCAUUAUUUUACCCAAGAGCUUAUGGUAUUCAAAAGUGAUGUCCAACAACUCUUUAACGGGAUGGCAGAGGCCGAAAACUUUGGGAGCUCGGGAUUCAGUUCGGAGGCUGAUUUAAAUGACAUGACCAGAAAUCUACGACUCAAAGACUUGCAACAGUUAGUACAAUUGUUUGGACUAAACUUGAUGGGGUUUUAUAGAUUUGGAUCUAGUACUUUUUAUCGUGUAGUCACCAGUGACUUUAUUAGAAAUCACUUUAAUUCAAUGUACCAGGAAUUCUAUCAGCAGCAGAGAGAUUUGUGA